AUGACAUUUAUUGCCAAGUUUAUACUUUUUGUCGCCUUGAUCGCAGUUGCAUCUUGCCACUACAUCGUGGCUCCACCAGUCAAUAGCAUGUACUACCCACCACACCAACAUGUCUACUCUCCCAACACACUCUACAACAAUGGACCAUUGUACAAUCCGAUGAUGAACAAUCAACUCCAAUACAAUCAACAGGCCAUGCAACAAUAUCAGGACCAGCAGCGUGCAACCCAGAGAGCCUUCUACGAGAGCAAGAUCAAUCAGGUCGAAGCCAACAUCAAUCAUGCCAAUCAGGAUAUCCAGAGACUUCAGCAGUCAAUCUCGCAGCAGCCACAGGGCAAUGACGCCGCCGUGCAGACCGCCUUCCAGACGCAGAAGACCCAGGUGCAGGGCAAGAUCGAUGCCAUCAACCAAUCAAUCAACAACAUGCGCAACCAACAACAGAAUCUCCGUCAGCUCCAGAACCAGCCACAGAUCUACAAUAACUAUCCACAACAGUUUGGCGCUGGUCUCUACCAGCCAACAUUCGGAGGUCAAUUCCACUACUAA